AUGGAAAGCAGCGUGCGGGAAAGUAAGAAAACCACUUCGCCAAUAGGCAAUCCCAGUCUUUUUCUCUUGUUGAAAUCCUUAAACGAGCCCCCCACCAGGCCUGGUGCCAGUGGAAGUGACACUGAUGAAUCCAAACCUGCUGAACCCAAACUUAAGUUCCCGUGCGACAAAUGCGACUUGGUCUUUGCUAAGCAGUCGGGUCUUACGAACCACAAACGUACUUACCACCAACUGGAAACGGUCGUCAUCGCUGGGGACCGCAGGAUCACUUGGAAACGCAGUGCCAAUGGUCGCUUUCGUUGUGCGUGUGGACGCCAAAAUUGGCGACGUCCGGUAAACUUCGCCUCCCAUGCUAAGCAUUGUCCCAGCUUCUUGGCCUACGACCCGGCCUCUGGUGUCGCUAAUGAUGGUUCACGGCAUCUCGCUGAAAUGACCUCUCCGUCUCAGUCCCACUAUCCCAACAUUGCCGCGUUGAAUCCUGUGAAUGGUGCCGCUCCGGGAUGUCUAACGAACGGCAAGGUCUUGACGAACGAACCUCACUCGUCAGCGGCUGCUACGGUGUCUCCCCGUUUGUCUUCCUUUCCUCCUAUGCCUACGACUUUCCCUCUGUUCAGCACGGCUGCUCCUGCUCCCUCUUCAACAGCAAAUUCUUCUGCUUCCCUUUCUAAUGUUCCCGCUGUUUCAACUCCCGUGCACUCUGUGUCCGGUACUGGUGCCGGCACCAGUACCAGUGCUGACAUGUCUUUGGCGGGUCCGAAUGUUACCGCUCAGGCACCGGUCAUGAAACAUUCUCCGCCCGACAGCCCAGCUUCGUCUUUUCAAAAACAAACUCCGUAUUAUAGUGCUCCUCCUCCUCCCGGCGCAAAUUCCGUUCAUGGCACGGAUGGCACUGCCGACUUGUACGGAGCUACUGCCGCUCCCGACUUGAAACCACCGCUUGGUAUGUAUGAGCACUCGACCAUGGUGCCAGGUCCAAUCAUGCCUCCUGGUGAUCCAAUGCCCACAGCAAUUACGCUUUAUCCAAUUGCUCGUGAUACAGCUGCGGCCGUUGUCAGUAAAAAACUCCACAUGCGAUUGGCAACAAUCAGACUCGUGUAUUGUGAGGACUGCCGCCAGCUGAUUCACUUGAACUUGGCACUCGAUCACAGGAGGUACACGCAUCAGCAAAAUAUUUCACCAGACAUUGUACGGAUGUACAAUGACUGUUUGGAAUCAUAA